ACUGUGGGUGACGUCAGAGGAGAGAGAGAGAGGCAGCAGAAGAGCCUCGGCGGCGGGCGAAGCAGAAGCAGCGAGCAGCGAGCAGGAGAAGGAGGAGGAAAGCGGUGCGGAAGGGCGCAGGAAACAGAAACACAACAAGAGGAGAACCAAGGAAAUUAAGAGAGGGGAGGGGGUGCCAGGAAGAGCCGGCUCGGGAAGGGCGGGGCCUCGGAGGAAGGAGCAAAGGAGGCGGAGCCAAGGAGAGAGAGAGAGAGAGAGAGAGCCCACCGCGCAGGCGCAGGAAGCGGGGCUCCAGCGUUAAAGGGGUCCUGACAGGACAAGAGAGGCCGCCGGCCGGGGGGGCGCCAUGUCCUCCCCCAGCCCUGGCAAGAGGCGGAUGGACACCGACGUGGUCAAGCUCAUUGAAAGCAAGCACGAGGUCACGAUCCUGGGAGGACUCAACGAGUUUGUAGUAAAGUUCUAUGGACCACAAGGAACACCGUACGAAGGUGGCGUGUGGAAAGUUAGAGUGGACCUUCCCGACAAAUACCCCUUCAAAUCCCCAUCUAUAGGAUUCAUGAAUAAAAUUUUCCAUCCCAACAUUGACGAAGCGUCAGGAACCGUAUGUCUAGAUGUAAUUAAUCAGACUUGGACAGCCCUUUAUGAUCUUACCAAUAUAUUUGAGUCGUUCCUGCCCCAGUUGCUGGCCUAUCCCAACCCCAUAGACCCCCUUAAUGGUGACGCGGCAGCCAUGUACCUUCACCGACCAGAAGAAUACAAACAGAAAAUUAAAGAAUACAUUCAGAAAUAUGCAACAGAGGAAGCACUAAAGGAGCAGGAAGAAGGCACCGGGGACAGCUCUUCGGAGAGCUCCAUGUCUGACUUUUCAGAGGACGAGGCCCAGGAUAUGGAAUUGUAGUAAAAGAAGCGCCCUGCUUUUCAGAGAGACUGACUUCCUAACCAUGCGCUGAGAAGCAGACUAUAAUAUUCAUAUUUAAACAAAGCAAUUUUUUAUUACUAAACAAGGUUUUUAUGAAUAAUAGCAUUGAGAUAUAUAUAUAUACACACCCACGCAUCUAUAUGUAUAUGUGUAUAUAUAUAUAUCACCCUUUAGAUCUUGAUUUUUUUCUCCUCUUGGUCAUUUCUCAGAACCCCAAAGUGCAUCGUAGUAGCGCAUUCUCCCCCCCCCCACAUUCCACUCGGUAGCAAUAUGAAGAAGCCCAGAUGCGCAUUCAUGCAUGCGUCCCCCUGCGUAAUAACCGUUCCGUUUGAGCCGAGCCCACCUGUGGGAUAUAGCGCACCGCCAGUCUCAACAACCGCUCCGUUUGCGAAGGAGAGCGCACGGCAGCCUACGUUCCUCCUCCCGUUUCUCUUUCCGUGUUUCCAAAGACAUCAAGCACCCUCGAAUGGAAGAAAACCACAAGGAAGAGCACUUUCAGGAUGUAAACAAAAGAUGUAAACAGAGAUACGCAUUGGGGGGGAUGAUACACGGCUCAUGGGACGAGGCAGUAACGUUGCCGUUUCCACUUUUCGGAAACGAAACAAAAACGAAAGCGAACAAAUUCCGAAAACAGAGCAGCCCCUUUGAAAUGUCGGAUUUUUGCAAAUUUUGUUUGCCUUUUUUUUUUUAAAAAAAGGGGGGAACAUUUUGUGCGGACUUCCUUCCUGCCUCGAUAGAGACCGGCGGAAGAUCGGUCUGCUCACUUUGGGGAGGCGUAACGAAAGUCUGUGCCGUUCCGUCACCUUUUCUUAGUCCGGAUUCUCAAAAGCGUGCCGCCUUCUUCUUUUUUAGAAAGAAAAACAGGGAGCAAGCGCUCUCCCACAUCGGCUUUACUCUCUUGAAGGCUGCAAAUCCGGCCCGUUUUUGGGUUUGCAAAACCUUGUCGGGAGGACGUUUUUGCUGCCAACGGGAUCGAUUUGCAGGAUGGAGCCUUGGUUUCUUCAUGCGCUCAGUGGUUGUGGAUGAUUCUCUCGGCUCUUUUCGCCGCCGGUCCCAAACCCGCUCCUUUUGUGAAUCGGCAAAGCAGACAAUCCUAGGAAAAUCCAGUCUGAUGGGCCAAGGAGGAAGGAGAGGGGUUUCCCCCCUUGUUUUCAAAGAGAGGGAUUGAUCAGAGUUUCCUUUAACAAUUGGGAAUGUUUCGAUAUUAUUAUUAUUAUUAUUAUUAUUGUUUUUCUCCAUUUGGAACCUAUGAGGCCUCCCCCUUUCAAACAACCACGAAUGGUCAGAGAGAGACCCUUGUACCACGAAUGCCUACCUGGGACAUUGAGGAUACUUGAAUAUGGACGCUUGCAUGUUCACCCAACGGGGAUGGGUUUCCAAUCUGGACGUUGCCUCUGACGCGUUUGCAAAGGGUUUCCAGCCGGGUGUCGUCGGGGGCAGCGGGGUUUCGGCGCCGCCUCCGUAUGGAGCAGCGCUUUGGGAUUGAAACUGGGGUGACUCCAAAAAGAAAACAAAAAAAGCAAGAACACUGAAUGUCAAAGCUAAGCUCCGCCAAUUGUAAUUUCCCCCUCUUGGUUUCUUCUCAAACGCCAUUGCUCGUUUGAGGCCGGGGUGUGUUUAAUGUUGGGUGGGGUCCGUCGGGAAAAGGAAGUACAAUCCUAAAGCGUGAUCAAUUUGCUUUUUUUUUCUUCCCUUCCUUCCUUUCUUCCUUUCUUCCUUUGGGGAAAGAAUUUUCUGUAAAGUAGGAUUUAACUUUGGCAUGAUUAUUAUUAUUAUAAUUAUUAUAAUUAUUAUUAUUAUUUUUCUCCUUUAAUAAAGCAAAAGCAUACCAAA